UGUGUAAGCCUAGCUUUUUUACCGACUAAUCUUUAGAUUUAUCUCAAGAAAUAUACAAGCCUCGUGAGCAACUUGGAGUGAUGUCUUUUUCCUAUUUGAAAAGUUUUCCUAGUUAACUUGUAAUUGUAUUUUGUCAUCAAUUUUUGGAAAUCAAAAUCCUCAAAACAAAUCAUCUUUUUGCAUGUCUUUUCUUUGUUUUAGAAUUAAAUAAUCAAUUCCUUCCCUGUGGAUCGACACUCGAAGUAUUACAAUCGACACUGUAUUCUUGCAGUAUUGCUGUAAUAUUAGAGUUAAUUAAUUAAACUUGAUUGAUCUCGCAUAUAAUAUCUAAGCUCUAAAAUUACACAUCAAGUUUUGGCGCCGUUGCCGGGGAAGGCAAUAGAUUGUUUAACUUCUAGUUUGUGUUUUGUUUUAUUUUUAUUUGAUCUUUCUCUUAUUUUUGUAGGUACUCAUUUCGUGUUCUUGGAGGUGAUAGCCAUCUACCGCAUCUGGACUUGAAGACGAAGGAGUAUAUUUUCUAGGUAUGCUGGUGAUCAAGGUGUAGAUAGGACAAUGCUGCUUGAUACUAUAUCGGAAAAUGCUGAAAAUUUGAGAGAUAGCUCAGAUGGGGCAGCUAAUGGUAGGGGUCAUGUUGGAUCAGAUAUUGAUGAAUCACCCUAUGGUAGUUUGAAUGUGCCUGCCAAAGAUGGGGCUUCUUUGGCUGAUGAUGGUGAUGAUAAUAAGGAUACAAGUACUUAUGUGCGGCCGAUUAAGCAAUCAUAUACUGAUUCAAAGUGGAGUGACACCACCCCAUACGCAUCGAAAAAGAAAAUUCAGUCGUGGGUUCAGCUUCCUGAUGGUAACUGGGAGCUGGGGACAGUUCUUCAGACUACUGGUAAUGAUUCAGUGAUAACAUUGCCUGAGGGAAAAGUACUGAAAGUGAGUUCAGAAACUCUGAUACCAGCAAAUCGUGAUAUUCUUGAUGGUGUAGAUGAUCUCAUGCAAUUAAGUUACCUGAAUGAACCGUCAGUAUUGUACAAUCUCCAGUAUAGAUAUGAUCGUGAUUUGAUUUAUACUAAAGCUGGCCCAGUGCUGGUGGCAGUUAAUCCCUUCAAAAAAGUCUUGUUAUAUGGAAAUGAUUAUAUUGAAGCUUACAAGCACAAAUCUUUGGACAACCCUCAUGUAUAUGCCAUCACUGAUACCGCUAUACGUGAAAUGAUCCGAGAUGAAGUCAACCAAUCUAUCAUAAUAAGUGGGGAAAGUGGAGCCGGAAAAACCGAGACUGCAAAGAUAGCCAUGCAAUAUUUGGCUGCUCUGGGAGGUGGUAGUGGCAUCGAGUAUGAGAUACUAAAGACGAAUCCAAUUCUGGAAGCUUUUGGUAAUGCCAAGACAUUAAGGAAUAACAACUCAAGUCGAUUUGGAAAGCUGAUCGAAAUCCACUUCAGUGAAACUGGAAAAAUAUCGGGUGCCAAAAUUCAAACCUUUUUGCUAGAAAAGUCAAGAGUUGUUCAAUGUUCGGAGGGAGAAAGGUCAUAUCAUAUAUUUUAUCAACUUUGUGCUGGGGCUUCAUCUAGCCUAAAAGACAAAUUGAACUUAAAGAAUGCUGAUGAGUUCAAGUAUUUGAGGCAAAGUAAUUGCUUUAAGAUCUCCGGGGUUGAUGAUGCCGAACAAUUUCGUAUAGUACUGGACGCUCUGGACAUUAUUCAUGUAAGGAAGGAAGAUCAGGAUAGCGUAUUUGCAAUGCUGGCUGCAGUACUAUGGCUUGGAAAUGUCUCAUUUACUUCAGUUGAUAGUGAAAAUCAUGUUGAACCAGUGAUUGAUGAAGGUCUAACCACUGUUGCCACAUUGAUUGGGUGCAAAGUGGAGGAACUGAAGCUGGCAUUAUCAACUCGAAAAAUGAGAGUAGGGAGAAGAAAUGAUACAAUCAUUCAGAGACUCACUCUAGGACAGGCCAUGGAUACAAGAGAUGCAUUGGCAAAAUCGAUCUAUUCAUAUUUGUUUGACUGGCUAGUGGAACAGAUAAAUAAAUCACUAGCAGUUGGCAAGAGGCGUACAGGAAGAUCUAUCAGUAUCCUUGAUAUUUAUGGAUUUGAAUCAUUUGAGCGAAAUAGUUUUGAGCAGUUCUGCAUUAACUAUGCCAAUGAGAGAUUACAACAACACUUCAAUCGCCACUUGUUUAAACUGGAGCAAGAGGAAUACAUUCAAGAUGGCAUUGACUGGGCAAAAGUUGAUUUUGAAGACAAUCAGGAUUGCCUUAAUCUGUUUGAGAAGAAACCAUUAGGGUUACAGUCGCUGCUUGAUGAGGAAUCAACCUUUCCAAAUGGUACAGAUUUGAGCUUUGCAAAUAAGCUCAAGCAACAUCUAAGUUCAAAUCCUUGUUUUCAAGGAGAAAGGGAGAAAGUUUUUCGAGUUUGCCAUUAUGCUGGAGAGGUUACAUAUGACACCACUGGUUUUCUUGAGAAGAACAGGGAUUUACUCCAUUUGGAUUCAACCGAACUUCUUUCUUCUUGCACGUGCCCCCUUCCUCAGGCUUUUGCAUCCAGCAUGCGCAAUCAAUCUGAGAAGCCUGUAGUAGGGGCACUACAUAAAUCUGGUGGAGCGGAUUCACAAAAAUUAAGUGUUACGACAAAAUUCAAGAGCCAACUGUUCCAUUUAAUGCAACGUCUUGAAAGCACGACUCCACACUUCAUACGCUGUAUAAAGCCCAACAACUUCCAAUCUCCUGGUGGCUAUAAUCAAGGACUCAUACUGCAACAGUUGCGGUGUUGUGGAGUCUUAGAAGUUGUCAGGAUAUCAAGAUCUGGUUUUCCCACCAGAAUGUCACAUCAAAAGUUUGCCAGAAGGUAUGGUUUUCUUCUAUUAGAGCAUGUAGCGUCUCAGGAUCCGCUCAGUGUUUCAGUAGCUAUUCUUCAUCAGUUCAACAUUCUCCUCGAGAUGUACCAAGUUGGAUACACGAAAUUGUUUUUCCGAACCGGGCAGAUUGGGGUACUUGAAGAUACCAGAAAUCGCACUCUCCAUGGGAUAUUGCAUGUCCAGAGUUGCUUUAGAGGCCAUCAGGCUCGUUGCCAGCUGAGGGAGUUUAGGAGAAGGAUUGCCACGUUACAGUCAUUUAUCCGCGGUGAAAGAGUUAGAAAGGAGUAUGCAGGCAUACUACGUAAGCAUAGAGCAGCUAUAUCUAUUCAAAAGCAUACCAGAGCUAGGAUUUCUAGGAAAAAGUUCAACAGAGUUAGGGAGGCAACUACCUCAAUGCAAUCAGUUAUUCGCGGUUGGUUGGUCAGAAGAUGCUCAGGAGACAUAGGAUUGGUGCAAUUAGGAGGAAGAAAGUAUAAUGAGCCAGAAGAAGUGCUGGUAAAAUCAUCGUUCCUUGCCGAACUGCAACGCCGUGUUCUCCGGGCUGAGGCCGCCCUGCGAGAGAAAGAAGAGGAGAACGACAUCCUUCACCAACGGCUUCAGCAGUACGAUAAUCGCUGGUCUGAAUAUGAGCUAAAAAUGAAGUCUAUGGAGGAGGUGUGGCAGAAGCAGAUGAGAUCGCUGCGGUCAAGCCUUUCCAUUGCAAAGAAGAGCCUCACCUUCGAUGAUUCCAAGAGAAGUUCUGACGCCUCAGUAAAUGAAACGGAAGAAAGAGAGUCUAGCCAGGACACGGGCAACAAUCCGAGGAUCCAUGAAAACGGGGGAAGAUCAACGAGCUCUGGGCUAAGUGUCAUUGGCCGGCUGGCUGAAGAGUUCGAGCAGAGGAGUCAGGUAUUUGGUGACGAUGCCAAGUUCUUGGUGGAGGUGAAGUCGGGUCAGAGCGAGGCGAGCUUGGACCCGGAUCAUGAGCUCUGGAGGCUGAAGCAGAUGUUCGAAGCGUGGAAGAAGGACUACGGGUCGAGAUUGAGGGAGACGAAGGUGAUACUGAACAAGCUCGGGGGCGAGGAGGGUUCGGCUGAGAAGGCGAGAAGGAAAUGGUGGGGGAGGAGAAACAGCAUGAAGAUGACCUGAAGUUUUUACGAGGAGGUUGCGAGCUGUAUAGUUAUGAAAAAGAUUGAAUUUUUUUUAGUAAUAGUCUUUGUAAAGCUUGAGCACAAGGUUAGAAUGCUCUGUCUCACGUUUAAUUGAGUUAAAAUGAUAAGAUUUGAUUUUUAA